GAUUAGCGUGCGUGCAUUGCUAGCUGUUCUAGGGCUUCUCGUGCGUUUUUCUCAUUUCGGGACAUCUAACCUCAACCUCAUUCCUCAGCAUGAAGGCGCUAAGCCCCGUGCGUGGCUGCUACGAGGCAGUGUGCUGCCUGUCGGAACGCAGCCUGGCCAUCGCGCGAGGCCGCAGCAAGGGCACGGCAGCGGAGGAGCCGCUGAGCCUGCUGGACGAUAUGAACCACUGCUACUCGCGUCUGCGGGAAUUAGUACCCGGAGUCCCGCGAGGCACUCAGCUUAGCCAGGUGGAAAUCCUGCAGCGCGUCAUAGACUACAUCCUCGACCUGCAGGUGGUCCUGGCCGAGCCCACCCCUGGACCCCCAGACGGCCCGCAUCUUUCCAUCCAGACAGCCGAACUCUCUCCGGAACUUGUGAUCUCCAACGACAAAAGGAGUUUCUGCCACUGAUCUGGCUGUCCUGGAGCUUAUAGAACGCAGGUGCUGGCACCCGUUCGCCUGGGACCCCGGGACCUUCUACAGCCAGAAGCCCGAGGGCAUGGAUGGGCCCCAACCUCUCCCUGCCCACUUGACUUCCUCAAAUCCCUGCCUCGAGGCUGGACCUGGCGCCCCGGAGCGAAGGACUGUGAACUUGGGUGGCCUAAAGAGCCAGAGCUAGCUCUGGGCACCAGCUGGGCAACGUCACCCAGCCCCACCCGAUCCCCAAGUUUUAAAGACUGCCUUUCAGAGUGUGGGGGGGAGUGGCUGCUCUCCAAACUCGGCCAAGGCAGCGGUAGAGCUGGUCUUCUGGUCUCGGAAAAAAGGCUCUGUUGCCCUGAUUAUGAACUCUAUAAUAGAGUAUAUAGCUUUUGUACCUUUUUGCAGGAAGGUGACUUUCUGUAACCAUGCGAUGUAUGUUAUUAAACUUUUUAUAAAAGUUAACAUUUUGCAUAAUAAACAGUUUUUAAACA